UGUUUGCAAGAGGUGUUGCAAAGGAAACUAAGCGAGCUUUUCUGAUGCCUUGGAAAGGUCUCUCAUAUAUCUAAGAUUUGCUGUCCGAUAUUAAGCAUAACAGAUCUUCAGCCUAUUAUGAAGCUCCUUGUGUAUUCAUAAAUGAGUAUGAAUGGGAAAAGAAGGGCAUGAGAGACCGCUCCCAUGAUGGCAGAGAUUUGUGUGAAAGAUUUUGUUGAACACUGCAUGACUCCUAAAUGCUAAAAGUAGAAGGCAUUAGCUGGUAGCUCAGUGUGGAGCAAAAAACUUAUUUUAAAUUUAAAAAGUAAUUAUGUCAAAGAAAAGCCGUGCCAAGGGAGAGAAGUCCGACAUGGAUACUGAAGCCCUGCAAGCUGCUAAUGAGGAGCUACGAGCUAAACUAACCAACAUCCAGAUAGAAUUUCAGCAAGAAAAAAGCAAGGUGGGUAAAUUGAGAGAGAAAAUCCAAGAGGUCAAGCAAGAAAGGGAGCAGGAGCAGCACAAGCACACUGCCUAUGUUUCUGAGCUGAAAGCCAAGCUCCACGAGGAGAAAAUGAAGGAACUUCAGAGCGUCAGGGAGCUCCUGAUCCGGCAGCACGAGCAGGAGGUAGCAAGAAUGGUGAAAAUUAAAGAUGGAGAGAUCCAGCGUUUGCAGUCAACAGUCAAUGUCCUGCGGGACGGGGCGGCUGACAAGGUGAAGACGGCGCUGCUGAGCGAGGCGAAGGAGGAGGCUCGCAAGGCGUUCGACGGCGAGCGGUUGAAGCUGCAACAGGAGAUCUUGGAGCUGAAAUCUGGCAAAAAGCAGCUUGAGGAAGCUUUGAACAACAUCAUGCAGGCGGAUAAAAUGAAGGCUGCUGACCUGCGCACGGCUUACCAGUCCCAUCAGGAUGAGAUUAAUAGAAUAAAGCGGGAAUGUGAGAGAGAGAUCCGCAGGCUGAUGGAUGAGAUAAAAGGCAAAGACAGAGUGAUUCUGGCUCUGGAGAAAGACCUUGGUGUCCAGGCAGGCCAUACACAGAAACUGCUCCUUCAGAAAGAAGCUUUGGAUGAACAGCUUGUCCAAGUGAAGGAGGCAGAAAGAUACCACAGUAGUCCUAAGAGAGAGCUUCCUGCAGGAGUGGGGGAUAUCAGUGAGCUGAUGGGAAGCCCGGAGCAGCAUUUGGAUGAACGAGAUGUGCGGAGAUUUCAGUUAAAAAUCGCUGAACUGAAUGCUGUAAUAAGGAAGCUGGAAGACAGAAAUACUCUCUUAGCAGAUGAAAGAAAUGAACUGCUGAAACGUUCUCGGGAGACAGAAAGUCAGUUGAAGCCUUUGGUAGAAAAAAAUAAGAGGAUGAGCAAAAAAAAUGAUGAUAUGUUGCAAUGUAUCCAGAGAAUGGAAGAGAAAAUAAAAAAUCUGUCAAGGGAAAAUGUAGAAUUGAAAGAGAAGUUAUCUGCACAACCAGCCCUGAAGAGGCACACAUCUUUAAAUGAUCUCAGCAGCACACGGGAAGAACAAGAAAUUGAGUUCCUUAGACUGCAAGUCAAAGAACAGCAGCAUGUUAUUGAUGAUCUCACAGUGGAAAGGGAACGGUUAUUACGGUCUAAAAAACAGAGGAGAAAAAGUCUGAAGCCUCCAAAGAGGCAUGUUGUGGAGACAUUUUUUGGAUUUGAUGAAGAGUCUGUUGAUUCAGAAACAUCAUCUGUAACUUCAUAUAACACAGAUAAAACAGACAGGACACCAGCAACACCAGAGGAAGAUUUGGAAGAUAGCACACCUAGAGAAGAAGCUGAACUAAGGUUCUGCCAGCUAACAAGAGAGUAUCAAGCUUUGCAAAGAGCGUAUGCAUUGCUUCAAGAACAAGUUGGUGGAACCCUGGAUGCAGAGCGAGAAGCUAGGACUCGGGAACAACUGCAAGCUGAUCUUCUCAGGUGUCAGGCAAAAAUUGAGGACCUGGAGAAAGCUCUAAUCGAGAAGGGACAGGAUUCAAAAUGGGUAGAAGAAAAGCAGCUGCUAAUCAGAACAAAUCAGGAAUUGCUAGAGAAGAUUUAUAGAAUGGAACAAGAAGAGCAUCAGCUGAAGAACGAGAUGCAAGAUGCAAAAGACCAGAAUGAGCUGUUAGAGUUCAGAGUGCUAGAGCUUGAAGAGAGAGAACGAAGGUCGCCGGCAUUUAAUCUUCAUAUAACCACCUUCCCUGAAAACAAUGGAAGUGCACUUCAACUGUUCUGUCAACAGGAAGGAAUAAAGGACGUGAAUAUAUCUGAACUUAUGAAGAAGCUAGAUAUUCUUGGAGAUAAUGGGAAUUUGAGAAAUGAAGAACAGGUUGCAAUAAUCCAAGCUGGGACUGUGCUUUCCCUCUGUGAAAAGUGGUUAAAACAGAUAGAGGGAACAGAAGCUGCACUGACACAGAAGAUGUUAGACCUGGAGAAUGAAAAGGACCUGUUCAGUAAACAGAAGGGUUAUUUAGAGGAAGAACUGGACUACAGGAAGCAAGCUCUGGACCAAGCAUACAUGAAAAUCCAGGAGCUGGAAGCCACGCUGUAUAAUGCCCUGCAGCAGGACCCGGGAAGGCGGGCGAGCGAGUCGCUGACGGAAGCCCAGCGGGAGGAUUUGCGAGCCGCCGUGGAGAAGGUGCGGCGGCAGAUCCUGAGGCAGAGCCGCGAGUUCGACAGCCAGAUCUUGCAUGAGAGAAUGGAGCUGCUGCAGCAGGCACAGCAGCGAAUUCGAGAACUAGAAGAUAAAAUUGAACUUCAGAAGAGGCAACUCAAAGAAAUUGAAGAAAAGCAUUCAUUCUGUGGCCUUGAUGACACAACUGAGCCAAGACGUGUGGCUAUUAAAAGAACCUAUGGAGUGAACAGCUGAGUCCACAUGCAAAAACAUAGAAAAUAUUUAUUAAGCAGCUUUAAAUUGGUGCAUUUUUUUCAUAAACAAGUUUGCAUAAUACUUGAAGCUGCAAAAUAUUUGAAUUUAAAAUUAGAGAUUUUUAAAAAGAUAUAGCUUCAAGCUGGAAUGACUUGAUAAUCAAAUAAGGACCAGCACAUCAUAAACACUGAAAAAAAUCUAAACAGAAUUUACACUCUCACACCAAUCAAACACUGGAAAAAAUACAAGUGCAAUUACUGGCUGCUAUAUGAACUGUUAUCUACCAAAUGGUUUUCUUACAGUACUGAGAUCUUUGUCUCCAUACUGCAUGCUUUCAACAAACGUGGUUUGCAUUUCACCCAGGAAACACAGAAUCUCCUUUUUAAUAUCUAUAUAAAAAAGCUAAGUGUUUGACAAUAAGUUCUCUAUAGUAAGUAGCUGACAGGAAAAAAACUGUUCAAAGUUGAAAACAAAUAUUUACAACCCCACUGUGGUAAAAUUCAUAUUAAAUUCAGAAGUCGGAAGUCCACAGGUGGAGAUGAGGUGGAUUUUGGAGAAAGGAAAGAUGGUAGACCAAAUUAAAGAAACUUUGAAGUGGGUAAGAACUGUGUGGAAGAAAUUAUUUUUGAAUGUUUAUCGAAAAUUAAGGCAAUAACUUGUAAAGAUGACACUGGGAGAACGGAAGAUCCCAAGGUGGCCUGGGAGGUCAGGAAAAGAGAAUGCAUGAUACUCUGUGCUCAGUUAUCUCCUCAAGAAGAAAGAGGGUCUUGAAGAAAUGGGUGUGUAGAUGAAUGUGAUAAGCAGAGAAGUAGCUGGAAAUAAAUAUUUGGCAGUCAUGGCAUCCUCCCAGGUGAAAUAAAACAAAGUGUUAUUAGCUACCAGGAAGCAAAAAUGGCACAACUUCAACCAGCAGAAGUAGAUAAACAUUCAAGGACAUUGGCCACCUGAACUGCAAGAAAAAUUCUGGGGGAAGCACAGAUUGAAAAAAUGAAAGUUGAAAAGAGUUGUUUAAGAUGGAGAAUGGUUAGAAAAUUCAAAAAUGUUAGGCUUUUCUUUCAAAGAGGGAAAAGCAAAUCAUUGUUUCAGAGCUGGAAAGGCAAUAUGAAGAAAUAGAUAA